AUGAAUAACUCCGAAAUCGACUCCUGGGUCUCCCACUUGGCCGACUGCAAACAGCUUACAGAAGCUGAUGUCAAACGGCUAUGCGAGAAGGCGCGAGAGAUCCUAAUGGAAGAGUCAAACGUUCAGCCUGUACGAUGCCCCGUUACAGUCUGUGGUGAUAUACACGGCCAAUUCCACGAUCUCUCAGAACUGUUUAGGAUCGGAGGUAACGCACCAGACACGAACUAUUUGUUUAUGGGAGACUACGUCGAUCGAGGGUACUACUCGGUAGAAACGGUGACUCUGCUGGUCGCAUUAAAAGUCAGAUAUCGUGAUCGAGUGACGAUCUUACGUGGAAACCAUGAAUCCAGGCAGAUCACUCAAGUGUACGGGUUUUACGACGAGUGUCUUAGGAAGUAUGGCAACGCAAACGUCUGGAAAUCUUUCACAGAGUUGUUUGAUUAUUUGCCUCUGACAGCUCUGAUCGAUGAACAAAUCUUUUGUCUGCAUGGAGGGCUGUCACCUUCGAUCGAUACUCUGGAUCACAUCCGAUCGAUCGAUCGUAUCCAAGAAGUUCCUCAUGAGGGCCCUAUGUGCGAUCUACUGUGGUCGGAUCCCGACGAUAGAUGUGGCUGGGGAAUAUCACCCCGAGGUGCCGGUUACACCUUUGGACAAGACAUCUCCGACGCAUUCAACCAUAACAACGGGCUCACCCUAGUCGCUCGUGCUCAUCAAUUGGUAAUGGAGGGUUACAACUGGUCCCAUGAACGAAACGUCGUGACGAUUUUCUCGGCUCCUAAUUACUGUUAUCGAUGUGGUAAUCAAGCUGCCAUCAUGGAAAUCGAUGAGAAUAAUAAGUUCACAUUCCUGCAAUUCGAUCCUGCACCUCGAGCCGGCGAACCUUUGGUUUCUAGACGAGUUCCAGACGUCAGUGCUUUUCCUUCGUUAGAUGUGCUACGACUUAAAAACUGA